CAUUUGUGGAGUGUAUUUGUGCCGUUGUUGUGAAAUCAUAGCAUCACAUUGCUAUCAUAUAUUUCAAGUAUUUUUAUGAUAAAUAAAGUUAUUUUGUUUGUUUAGUAAUAUCAUAACUCAUAAUAUAAAAUAAAGUGGUUAUAUUACGAAAACACCAUUACGUCACUUGAAGCGACGAUCUCUCUUACACUGAACGUGUACUGUACUUCCUCACUUCAUUAUUCUUCAUACAUAAUUCAUGCGACAUGUGAACACAUACGGGUAUUCGCCACGUAAGGCAUAUCUUUUUGAACAUACCAAGAAGGGGAAUGAACCAUCCAGAAACAAUGCAGAUACUGAGAGAUGCUCGACACCCUAUCACACAAAAAAACAGGCUGCUGAACUUGUUCCGGAAGAAAUCGUUUUGCGACCUCCACCUUUGCAGCUCAGAUGGAACACUAUUCCGCACACACAAGCUUGUGCUGGCAUUGUAUUCUGACUACUUCAGACAUUUUGCAUCCCUCAAAAAGGGAGCUGUUGGUCCUCGCUCAUCGACAGAAGUUGUCAACCUAGAUGUUGAAGCAUGUAUCCUUGCUAUUUUACUGGAUUACAUUUACAAGGGAGAAUUUGCAAUAGGCCCAGAGAAUCAAGGGAAGAUCUGGAGAGCUGCCAAGCUUCUUCAGCUUCAGGACAUUGUUCAACUUAUUGAUGACAACAGAGAGCUCCUCGGGGUGAGCAUCGAGACUCUUAAUCAACCAGAACCUGUCGUGAAGCAGGAAGUGGUCUCCCCACAAAGUACAGCAAGACACAAGUCACGGUCAAGAGGCCGAUCGUUAGGUAAAUCUGGUCGUAAAGGAUGUCCAGAAGCUGACCAGAAAGAUUUGAAGCACAUAAAAGGAUACAGCAUAACGUCACAAGAUUAUGAUAAGGUGGAUGAGUUACUGAAAGUAUCUAUGUCAGCUUUUGUUGGUCAUAAGCAGGGAAAUAAGGGUGAAGUUGAAGGAUCUAAACAUUGGUCCAGUCAUGAUCAUGAAGCUCUGCAACAUGAAACUGAGACAUUGGAAACUAAAUUCAAACCAUCUGAAAGCGGAGUUGGGGAAAGUGAAGUCAUGUCAACACAGUCCCACAGCUUACAACAUUGUUCUGUUUCCAAUUUAUCUAAAACAGCAGACGACUCGGAUGAAGAAUUUUCUGGUUUUUCCAUCAAUUUUGGAAAAGAGGAUGAAGACUUUGUUGAUGAUGAUGCCAGUGAUGACACAUUCAGGCCAUCUAAAUCCAGAGGUAAAAAGAAAUCCAAGUCUCAUUCCCCUAAAAGAAAGACAAUUGACAAACACACAAAAACAAUGUCACACAUUUUGAAUAUUCCCAAGAUGAAAAGAUCAGGUGUCCUCCCCUGUGGGAUUGUAGCAAGAUGGAUUCACAAGAAAUAUUAUCCAUUUGUUUGUAGUUCCAACUUCAUAUCUUCACACCCAGCUGGAGUAGGCAUUCAGCAAGGAGACCAUGACUUCCUGAAUGCUUCAACUUCAAGCCCUAAGCUGCACCUGUGUAAUGUUUGUGGCAAGGAGUUCAGUUUAAUUAGUAUCUGUAGGAACCAUGUGCUCAAAAAACAUGUCAGGAAUAAGUCCAGAUACAAAAUGGCAAAUGCCAUUAGGGCCAAGAACAUGCUGACUGUGAAUCAAGAAACCUCCUUAUUGAGGAUUCAUAUGAAGCAAAAUAUGAACAAAGAUUAUAAGAAAUUGGAAUUACCGCAAACGAGUUUACGACCAAGGAGUAGGGCGACGAAGGCGAUGCCAAGUCCUUUUAGUGGCCAGAAGUGUGCCGAUUGUGGAGCAGUUUUGUCAUCCAGGUAUUCCCUGAAGGUCCAUCUGGAGAACGUUCAUCAGCUGACAUCAGAACAGAUAAGCAUGCACAAGUCCUUCCUGAUUUGCUGUGACGUGGAGGGCUGUGACUUCUCUCACAAGAUGACGAAGACUGUGGAGCGCCACGUGAAGGCGGCCCACCCAGCUGUGGAACACAAGUGCCCUCACUGUAACUUCACCUUCUACCUGAAGUGUGUCAUGGACAAUCACAUUGCUCGCAAACACCUGUUCCCUGAGAGAAUGAGGUUUGUGUGCUCAGUCUGUGGCAAGAGAUUUCCCAAGGGUUUUCAUCAGAAGGUGCACGAGCAGUGGAAACAUGGGGUCAACCAUGACAUCAAGAGGUACAAGUGUCCUGUUGAGGAUUGUAGUUUUGAGACCUGUUCCAAGUCGAACCUUGACACUCACCGCAAUGUCCACACAGACAAACGCUAUGACUGUCAGUACUGCAGUAUCAAGCUCAAGACAACUGCAACCCUUCAACGCCACAUCAACAAAGUGCACCUGGGUAUCCGGCCCUACUUGUGUCAGAUGUGUGGCCACUCAUUUGGUGACUACCACAACCUUCAGUCCCACAUCGUCAACAAGCAUGUCACGGAGAAAGAGUUCAAGUGUACACACUGUCCCUAUGGCACCAACGUCAAGGCCCAGUUUGCCAUUCACCUGUUCCGAAUUCAUGGUGUCCGGGCUGACUUUGACAAGAGGAAGGAGUUCGCCUGUCGUUAUUGCGACUACAAGACGCUGAUGAAGAGUAGGCUCAAGGCCCACGUCAAUAAACAUACCAAUACCCGUAACUAUGCAUGCGACGAAUGUGGGAAGACCUUUGUCAACUGUGACACCCUGCGUAGCCACAAAGAAUGGCUGCACUCUGAAGCAAAGUACUCAUGCAACCAGUGCCCAUACAUCACCAAGACUUCGAAGCGGCUUCAAGAGCAUAUAUCAAUCCAGCAUAUGUUUAAGGGGCUGAAGCCCUUCAUGUGCCCCUACUGCCCAUUCACGUGUGCGACAGGCGGCAAUACACGCAAACAUGUGAAGAAGAAGCAUCCUACUCAGGAAGUGAGGUACGUGAAGAACCUGGAGGUUCUGGGAUACAUGAAAGACAUGAGGAAGAGGGAAGCUGCAGCAGACCCCCUGAAAAACAUGAGUUUGACGCAGUGAGCGAAUGAGUUUGACGCAGUGAGUGAAUGAGCUUGACGCAGUGAGUGAAUGGGUUUGACACAGUGAGGGAAUGGGUUUGACGCAGUGAGUGAAUGGGUUAACACAGAGAGUGAAUGGGUUUGACACAGGGAGUGAAUGGGUUUGACACAAGGCAUGAGUUUAACACAGGGAGUGAGUAUGACACAGUGAGUUGGGUUUAAUGCCACUAUUGUCACCUGGCAUAUUGUUGGGUUACUGUUGCAUACACAGGGGGUGGUGGGAUGGGGGGAUUCAUCCCACCUUUUUGCAACAAAGUAAACAUUUAUUCACUUGCAACUGGAAGUUUCAUGUGUGCCAUGUGAAAAAAACUUUCAACACUACAUCUAACUCCUUUGGUGAUGUUUUCAACAAGAAUAGCACAAUUACCAAACUCAAAUUGCAUUUGGAUCAGGAAAUUCACCUCUAUUACCAAAAAGCUGUAUCCUCACUUGUGUUUGAGGAAAACUAGGAGUGGCAUGAAGUUGUGAUUGUGAUGAAACUGACAACAAGACUAAGCGACAACUGUACAUUGUGAAUUUUGGCAAUGUGACUUCUUGCCCACCUGUGCAACAUGUCCCAGUGUAAUGUGGGACAUCUAACACUUCCAAUUAGCACAGUUGUCAGAGUGGUUUAUUGAAACAUUGCUGUAAUCGAUGAGUUCUUAGGGGGCUGUAGUGAUUUGUACCUCCAGUUGUGUUUAUCUUUUUCUGGUUUCUCUUUAAUCAGCUAGAGAAUAUGCCCAUAAAAACUACCGGUGUUGUCAUGAAUAUUUGACUUUAGCAGGUCAUUUGAAAGCAGUUUAGGGUUAUAACAUUUGUAGUUCUAAGUUAAUGUUUAUUUACAGUGAAUGAAGUAACUCCUAUUCCAUAUGUGAAAGUAAGAUCAAUAUUAUAUAUCAAACUGAUGUCAUGAAAUAUCUAUAUCUGGCUUUUAAUUUCCAUGAAAAAGAUAGCGAGGUCAGUUAUAUUUAUGGGUUGUGGGUGUUGUUGUUUCUUAACCCAGAGCUAUUUUCUUUGUUGUUUCUUUACUGUUUUAUAUUUACUGUUUAAGUAUCGUGACCAGAGAAUGAACUAUAUCUGGCUCAGUUUUCUGUGUAUGGGACAGUAAGAUUGAUUUAACUGAUGGGAUGGAGAGUUGGGUGUUCAGAGCCCAGAGCUAUUUUCUUUGUUUUGAGUUUACUGUUAUAUAUUUACUGUUUAAGUAUGGUGACCAGAGAAUGAACUAUAUCUGGCUCAGUUUUCUGUGUAUGGGACAGUAAGAUUGAUUUAACUGAUGGGAUGGAGAGUUGGGUGUUCAGAACCCAGAGCUAUUUUCUUUGUUGUUUCUUUACUGUUUUAUAUUUACUGUUUAAGUAUCGUGACCAGAGAAUGAACUAUAUCUGGCUCAGUUUUCUGUGUAUGGGACAGUAAGAUUGAUUUAACUGAUGGGAUGGAGAGUUGGGUGUUCAGAGCCCAGAGCUAUUUUCUUUGUUUUGAGUUUACUGUUAUAUAUUUACUGUUUAAGUAUGGUGACCAGAGAAUGAACUAUAUCUGGCUCAGUUUUCUGUGUAUGGGACAGUAAGAUUGAUUUAACUGAUGGGAUGGAGAGUUGGGUGUUCAGAACCCAGAGCUAUUUUCUUUGUUUUUAGUUUACUGUUUUAUAUUUACUGUUGAAGUGUCGUGACAAGAGAAUACCACUACAUAAUUCAUACUUUGUUUAUUCAGAAUGAUGCUUAUUGCUGUCUGUGAUAUGUGUUCAUAUCAACAAAAUAAAUGAGUAUGAUAAGUGUAAGAUGGCUGGCUGGUGUGUGUAAGAUUAACUGAAGAGAAUGCCCGAUUUACCAGAUAAGUUGUAUAAUGAGCAAUUCCUAAACUGAUUCCACCAUUCCAAAUAAUUUGGCAUGUGUCUGUGUCAAGAUAAUUGCUUUCUGUGUACGGUGUUAGUAUAGAAACUGUUUCAUGGAUGUAUGUUCACUUCAGGCAGAUCAUCGCAUAAGACAGGGAAAGUACCGGUAUACACUGAAGAGGAACAUUGAAGAGAAAUAAAGUUUUGAUAUUUAUGUUUAUAUGGGAUUGAUUGCAUUUUCAACAUGAGGACGUUAUGAUCAGAUUUUCUUUGAUGACAGAAACGCUGUAUUUUGUGGCUGGUAUUUGGUCACUGGUUUUCAGCAAGAGUCAGAUGAAAUUAGAAAAAAAUGGGAAAUUGUUAAUUCAAGAUUUAACAAUUUCUCAGUUCAAUUCAUUAUAAUUGAUGAUAGCCUAUUAUGUUUUGUUGAUCUGAAUUUCACCGAUAACAAAACCAAGAGAUAAAAGUCUUAAAUGCAUGGAUAUUUGUGGUAUAGAAUGAGGUUAUCUUUCCUGGCAAGCACAGGCCCUUUGUACUACUUGGAUAGUAGCUAUAACAAGGUACCGGUAAGUCUGAUUCAAUAUUAUUGAAAGAUAAUUUGUUUCUCAUGAAAUUAAUUUUUACCUUGUUCACUUCUGCUGACCAUGCAUCAUUCAGCUGUUUUACAGUAAGACUCAAUUCCUACUCCUGCAAACAUUGUAAGAGUUUUGAUAAGUAGAAAUGUAUGAAAAUGUGUCUGAAGGAUGACUGUUUGUGUUCUCUCGUGACUAGCUGCUGAAACAUGAUGCUGUUAAGUGAUGCUCUGGUCCAACCUUAUUAGAUCCAUGAUCCAUCAUUUUAGCCAGAGUCUUAUUCACAUUCCUAUUUUCAUGUACAGUAUGCGUCACCCUGAUCACUGAUAAUUUGAACCUAUGUAAGAAAAGGUUUUCAGCGAAAGUCUGUAUUUUUAUCACUGAUUUUGUCAAGUGUCUUCUCUCUGGCACACACUGGAUGCUCAUGUGCUGUAACUUAUGCAUUUAGGAUAACAUUCCGCAGGAACUGCUGCCCCCGCCUUCUGCAAACCUGGCAUGAACAAGGUUUAUAUCCUCAGUGACCUGUUCCUCAGCGAAUGAUACAAGGAUCAGGUGGUUACAUUGUGUGUCCUGGCUAAUGGUGUCAGGAUUAUGUGAAUCAUUGACCUGAAUUUGCUCAUGCUACCAAGAGAUCAUUGUAAUCUGGUUAUGAUUAGAUCCUUUCCUCUCGCUCAGUCCUUCUCUCCAUCAAGAUCUCACAAACCAAUCCUGGUGUAGCUGCGUAUCUAAUUUCUGUGUCGAAAGAUGAUUGUAAAUUGUAUGUCUAAAUGGAGACUGAUAACGGCUGUGCUAAAUAGGCCGUUGAUGAUAUAUACACACUGUCUAUGAGAACCAAGAGGGUUUACUUAUGAAGGAACAUCUGUGUUCUGUAUGGGUUCUCCUCUGUUCAGAUUAACAUUUACAAAUCCUGGUGGUACAGAAAUGAAGCUGAAUCAUUUUAGAAAAGCUGACAUCUGAUUGGCUCAAGAGCCCACACACCCAUCAUUUGGGGGUCAUAAUUUGCCCAGGGUUCACCAAACGUGACUUCCUAUUGAAGACUUGUGAGAUCAUGACUGAGAGAGGAAUGGAAUCAGUAGAGGCUGAUUAUAAAGAGAAUGGAGAUCAUUGCUCAUGCUGUCAACCUACGGUUUGCCUGGUGCAGACUUUAUGACUGUAGUAUUUGCCACUGUGAUGUAGCGGGAAUAUUGUUGACACACUCACUCUGAGGCUCAGGACAUGAGCCUCAUGCUUAUGUAACCUAUUAAGUGCUGCAAACCAACUGACAGUUUUAUUCGGGCUAGGAGUGUCUGCAUCAAGUUGUAUCCUGUGACAGUAACUACCUAUUUGUCAGUUAAUACAGUCAGCCAGAGUUCAAUAUGGGUGGUGGGGUAGUCUGGCAGUUAAUAGGAGUAAAACAAUACAGCAAGGUCACGAUAAGAUACCUAUCAUGAUACAAUAUGUCUUGCGAUAAACAUAGUUACGUUAAAUCAUGUGGAACUUCUUGACAAUAAAUAUUUCAGAACAAGUUCAAAAGGAAGAAGAAUGGACACAUGUUUGUAGGGGCUAUUUUUAGUAGGAAUGCUAAUUACAACACAUCUUGUGAUAUUUGACUGACAAACUUGCUGAGGGAUCAUUAAACGAGUAGUAAGUAAUAUAUUUUUGCAAGUGUAUCGUAUUGUUUUGAUACAGGAAAAAAAACGUAGCAUGGAUUGUAUCAUCGCAUGAAAACUUACGAUGCACCGGUACAGUAUCGUCUCACCCCAAGUCGUUAAAGCGUUCACUAAUCACACCAAAGGCCCAUGUUCAAUGGGUACAAUGUAUGAAGCCUUUAUCUGCUGUCCCCUACCAUAAUGUUGCUGGAAUAUUGCUAAAAGUGAUGUAAAACCAUACUCAAUUAGAGUUCAGUCACACAUGGAUAUGUAUGUAUUUCCUUUGUGUCUUGUUCCUUUGAUAUGUAUGGUCCUUGUGAGGUGAACUGAAAGCUUGCUGUCAAAACACACAUGUGAGAUGAAGUGCUGUCAGGAAAUUAAUGUACGAUUCAUGCGUUUAUUUUUCUGUCAUUUCCUCAAUAUGUUCUGACAAGUGUUAUUGUCUUGUUACAUGUGCAUGGAGCUUUUCAUCAACAUCUUGCAUGUAAGCAAGUAAUAAACAGAACAAAUAUA